AUGGCGUCAAUGGCGAUUCUAACGAAAUCAAGGAGCAUAAUCAAAACCCAAAAGUAUUCCAAAUCCAUAUCCACCUUCCGACACCUCUUUCAGGAAGCACAGCUGGCGGAGCAACCACUGCCGCAAGCCACCACUCCUCUGCCACCUAACCCGGCCACUGGCAGCCCAUUAUACAAUGAGAACUGGAGGAACCCAUUUCCACCUUCUUCGUCUCCCGCUCUUGUCCCCCUUGGCCUUGGCUUCCUUAACCAGUCCUCCGCCGCGCGCAUCCAAUCCCUUUCCCUAACGCUUGAUUCUCAGAGCCUGAUGAAUCAGUUUGCUGACUGGAUGACUUCGCAGAGGUGGGCUGAUAUGAAGCAAUUGUUUGAAUUCUGGAUUAGGGCAUUGGACAAGAAUGGAAAGCCUAAUAAGCCGAAUGUCGAUUUGUAUAAUCACUAUUUGAGGGCCAACUUGAUGAUUGGGGCAUCGGCCGGGGAGUUAUUGGACCUUGUUUCACAAAUGGACGAUUACGGUAUCAUGCCCAACACUGCCUCGUUUAACUUGGUCUUAAAAGCUAUGCACAAGGCAAAUGAAACACUUGCUGCGGAGAAAUUGAUCGAAAGGAUGAUACAGACAGGAAAAGAAUUUAAGGAAUCUUUACCUGAUGAUGAGUCAUUUGACUUGGUUAUAGGCAUGCUGCUUGUAACAAACCAGAUUGAUACUGCCCUGAAAUAUAUAGAUCUGACCCUAAAGGCAGGUUAUAUGUUGUCAAUGAAUACAUUCACGAAGUGCGUCCAAAGCUGUGUUCAGAAUGUGAGGCUUGAUACGUUGGUAUCGAUUAUAGAGAGAUGCAAGAAAAUGGAUCAAAACAAAUCCUUAUGUCCACCUUGGGCCGCAUGCAAUUAUAUUGCAGAUGUUGCGAUGCAAGCGGAUAACAGUGAAUUAACUUACUAUGCCCUUGAGUUUAUGGCAAAGUGGAUUGCUCGGGGGGAGAGUGCAAGGCCUCCUGUUCUACUCUCUGUUGGUGAAGGGUUAGUUGUCUCUGCCCUUGGCACUGCAGGUAGGACUUAUAAUUCUAAACUUCUGGAUGGAUCAUGGGCAAUUCUUAAGCGAUCAUUGCGCCAGAAGAAGGUCCCAAAUCCUGAAUCAUACCUUGGCAAGCUAUAUGCUCAUGCUAGCUUGGGGAACUUGCAGAAGGCUUUUGGUACUCUGCACGAACUUGAGACAGCUUAUGGAAACUCUACGGAAGAAUCAACCGAAGAUCUGUUCUCUCCAUUCACCUCUUUGAAUCCUUUAGUUGUGGCAUGCUGCAAAAAGGGUUUUGAAACGCUGGAUUCAGUUUAUUACCAGCUGGAAAGUUUGAGCCAAGCUGAUCCUCCUUACAAGUCUGUUGCUGCCCUGAACUGUGUAAUUCUUGGUUGUGCAAAUAUAUGGGAUGUUGAUCGGGCUUAUCAGACAUUUAGUGCAAUUGCUGCUACAUUUGGAUUAACUCCUAAUAUCCAUUCAUACAAUGCUUUGAUAUGUGCCUUUGGGAGGCUUAGCAAGACGGAUGAAGCUGUGAAAGUAUAUGAGCACUUUGUGAGCUCAGGCAUAAAACCAAAUGCAACAACAUAUUCUCUGCUUGUCAAUGCUCAUCUCAUCCAACGAGAUCCUAAAGCUGCUAUUUCUGUGAUUGAUGACAUGAUAAGUGCAGGAUAUGAACCUUCAAAGGAAAUCCUAAAAAAGGUCCGAAGGCGAUGUAUUCGAGAGAUGGACUAUGAAGCUGAUGAUCGGUACAGAGUACGCAUGAUAGUAUGUGUAACUUCUGUACGUUCGCUUCACUGA